UUCAGCUGAGUAACAUUACGUCUAAAGUUUAGUCUUCAGGAAUAGAAACUGAAACAAAUGGAAGAUUAAUAAAAGGACAUCCAUCACCCAAGAGGCCACAGACAGAUCCAGAAAUAUCCAUGGCUGCUGUCGCUCAUAGAGGUCCUAGAUCCAGAGAGAACAACCAAGGGUGGAAGAUACAGCCAGAUGACUUCAAAAGAAAUUAUUUGCCUGGUGAACAUCCACGGGUGGUGUAUCUGCUAUAUGAAAUCAGGUGGAGCAGAGGUACCAUCUGGAGGAGCUGGUGUUCAAACAAUGCUACCCAACAUGCUGAAGUCAACUUCUUGGAAACUUGUUUCCUGGCCAGGACAUCAGUUUCUUGCUCCAUCACCUGGGUCCUAUCUACUACCCCCUGUGGGAAUUGCUCCAGAAGAAUUCUGGAGUUCCUGAAUGCAUAUCCCAAUGUGACCUUGGAAAUAUACGCAGCCAAGCUGUUCAGGCACCUGGAUAACCGUAACCGGCAAGGUCUUAGGAACCUGGCAAUGAAAGGAGUCAGGAUACAUAUCAUGAAUCUUGCAGAUUACAGUUACUUCUGGAGAAUAUUUGUUGCAUACCAACGUGGAGAAGAUGAUUAUUGGCCCUGGAGUUUCGCUUCAUACAUCUUUCUGAAUAAGAGAGAGCUCUGUCAUAUCCUUUUGGGGCUUCCUCCAUUGCUGGGAAACUGAAUAGUAACAAGCAUCGGCAGCAUGCUUUCAAGAUCACUUUGUGCAUCAUAACAUUAUUUACAAGACCAGAAAAGCCAGGUCCUGGCAGUCUUUUCUACUACAGCCUUGAACUAUGAGCUUCAUACUGCUACCAGAGAAGGAAGGAUCUUAUCACUGGAUGAACAUCACUAGGUAUUGGACACAGCAGAAGGAACGCAUGAGAAACUGUAGGGAAGUUUGGAUGAUGCAGCCAGACAGCCAUGACAGAGUGUGUUGGGUUUGCGUGGCAAGGUUUUGGUAGCGGGGGUGGGGCUACAGGGGUGGCUUCUGUGAGAAGCUGCUAGAAGCUCCCCCUGUGUCUGAUAGAGCCAAUGCCAGCGGGCUCCAAGACAGGCCCGCCGCUGCCCAAGGCCAAGCCAAUCAGCGCCUCUGUGAUAACAUAUUUAAGAAGGAAAACAAAACAGUUAGAGAGAGCUUUUGCAGCCGGAGGGAGGAGUGAGAAGAUGUAAGAAACUCUGCAGACACCAAGGUCAGCGCAGAAGGAAGGGGAGGAGGUGCUCCAGACACCAGAGCAGAGAUCCCCCUGCAGCCCGUGGUGAAGACCAUGGUGAAGCAGGCUGUCCCCUGCAGCCCAUGGAGGAAGGAUGAGGGGGUGUAGAGAUUCCACCUGCAGCCCGUGGAGGACCCCACGCUGGAGCAGGUGGAGGCACCUGAAGGAGGCUGUGGCCCGUGGGAAGCCCACGUUGGAGCAAGCUCCUGGCAGGACCGGUGGACCCGUGGAGAGAGAAGCCCACGCCAGGGCAGGUUUGCUGGCAGGACUUGUGACCCCGUGGGGGACCCCACGCUGGAGCAGUUUGCUCCUGAAGGUCUGCACCCCGUGGGAGAGACUCACGUUGGAGAAGUUUGUGAAGGACUGUCUCCCGUGAGAGGAACUCCAUGCUGGAGCAGAGGAACGAUGAGAGGAGUCCUCCCCCUGAGGAUGAAGAAGCGGCAGAAACAACAUGCCAUCAACUGACCGUAACCCCCAUUCCCUGUCCCCCUGUGCCGCUGAGGGGGGGCGGAGGUUGAAGCUGGGAGUGAAGUUGAGCCCGGGAAGAUGGGAGGGGUGGGGGGAGGUGUUUUAAGAGUUGAUUUUAUUUCUCAUUCCUCUACUCUGUUUUGCUUAGUAAUAAAUUAGAUGAAUUCCCUCUCUAAGUUCAGUCUGUUUUACUCGUGACAAUAAUUGGUGAGUGAUCUCUCCCUGUCCUUCUCAACCCACAAGCAUUUCGUUAUGCCUUUUCUCCCCUGUUUAGUGAAUGAGGGGAGUGAGAGAGCGGCUCUGGUGGGUGCCUGGCCCCCAGCCAGGGUCAACCCACCACGCAGAAUGCUCUGGGUCUUUACAAGACUUCCUGAGAGUCCAGUGGGGAUGGGGACCAUGCCCCAGGAUCAGGCCUUUCCUGUCUGCUGAUUCUGCAAUCAGAUUCUGUGAGUAUCUUCUUGAGAGGCCAGCAAGUAACAUUUUUCCUGCUCUGAUCUGUUCCAAAGAAGUAAUCAGAGCAAUAUUUCUGGUUUUGAGAAUUUCUUAUGAAGAUCACUUUUAUGGGUAUGUGUGUAUAUUUCUGAAAAUACUUCAUGCUAUUAGUGUUUAUGUAAUGUUAUUAUAUUACUGCUUUUAUUACAAUAUAAUGUAAUUAUAUUACUAAGGAUUAUAUUGCUUCAUUUUAAGGUUUUAUUCUCCCUGCUUUUAUGAGUGUAGAAACAAUAGAAUAAAAGGGAAAAUGUC